AUCCCAGAGUGCCUUGGAUCCCGGAAGUACCCGGCUUCCCGGAAGUGCCGGCUGGCUGACAGAGCAGUGGGUGGUUAGAGCGCUGCAACUGGAGGGUUGCUCUUCUGGGACCUGGGCGUCCGCUAGAGGUCUGAGAGGGGUUGGGGACGGGGUUCAGAAGGGUGCUGAGAGGCGGAAUGAUGGAGGAAGAGGAACUGGAGUUCGUGGAGGAACUGGAAGCCGUGCUGCAGCUCACGCCUGAGGUGCAGCUAGCCAUCGAGCAGGUGUUUCCAAGCCAGGAUCCUUUAGAUCGAGCAGAUUUCAAUGCUGUUGAAUAUAUCAAUACCCUGUUCCCAACGGAACAAUCUCUGGCAAAUAUAGAUGAAGUUGUGAACAAAAUUAGAUUGAAAAUAAGGAGACUGGAUGACAAUAUUCGAACAGUUGUAAGAGGUCAGACAAAUGUUGGGCAGGAUGGAAGGCAAGCACUUGAAGAGGCCCAGAAAGCUAUUCAACAACUCUUCGGCAAAAUCAAAGAUAUCAAAGACAAAGCAGAAAAAUCAGAACAAAUGGUCAAAGAAAUCACCCGUGAUAUCAAGCAAUUAGAUCAUGCCAAACGCCACCUGACCACCUCAAUCACGACGCUAAACCACCUGCACAUGUUGGCAGGUGGUGUGGAUUCCCUCGAAGCCAUGACCAGGCGCAGACAGUAUGGAGAAGUUGCUAAUCUUCUUCAGGGUGUAAUGAAUGUUCUGGAACACUUCCACAAGUAUAUGGGGAUUCCACAGAUCCGGCAGCUUUCUGAAAGAGUGAAGGCUGCGCAAACGGAGCUAGGACAGCAAAUCCUGGCAGAUUUCGAAGAGGCAUUUCCUUCCCAGGGUACCAAGAGGCCAGGAGGACCCAGUAACGUUCUGCGAGAUGCAUGUCUGGUUGCUAAUAUUUUGGACCCCAAAAUCAAGCAAGAAAUCAUUAAGAAGUUUAUUAAACAACAUCUGUCAGAGUAUCUAGUACUUUUUCAAGAAAAUCAAGAUGUUGCCUGGCUAGACAAAAUUGAUAGACGCUACGCCUGGGUAAAACGCCAGCUUGUGGACUAUGAAGAGAAAUAUGGCCGAAUGUUUCCACGGGAAUGGUAUAUGACUGAGAGGAUUGCAGUAGAAUUCUGCCAUGUGACAAGGGCAGAACUUGCCAAAAUCAUGCGUGCCAGAGCUAAGGAAAUUGAGGUGAAAUUACUUCUUUUUGCUAUUCAGAGAACGACUAACUUUGAAGGGUUUCUUGCAAAACGCUUCUCCGGCUGCACCCUGACAGAUGGAACCCUGAAAAAGCUCGAGUCUCCACCACCAUCCACCAACCCCUUCCUGGAAGAUGAGUCAGCACCAGAGAUGGAGGAGCUGGCAAUCGAGAAGGGAGAGUUAGAUCAACCAAAGAAGCCUAAAGUCCCAGACAACCCAUUUCAUGGCAUUGUUUCCAAGUGUUUUGAGCCUCAUCUGUAUGUGUAUAUUGAGUCCCAGGAUAAAAACCUUGGAGAGCUGAUUGAUAGGUUUGUGGCCGAUUUCAAAGCCCAGGGGCCACCUAAGCCCAACACUGAUGAGGGGGGCGCUGUGCUCCCCAGCUGUGCUGACCUCUUCGUCUACUACAAGAAGUGCAUGGUACAGUGCUCACAGCUCAGUACCGGGGAGCCAAUGAUUGCCCUGACAACCAUUUUCCAGAAGUACCUCCGAGAAUACGCCUGGAAAAUCCUCUCUGGCAACCUGCCCAAAACCACAACCAGCAGUGGAGGGUUGACCAUCAGCAGCCUUCUCAAGGAAAAGGAGGGCUCAGAAGUGGCCAAGUUCACUCUCGAGGAGCUCUGCCUCAUCUGCAGCAUACUGAGCACAGCAGAAUACUGUUUGGCCACCACCCAGCAGUUAGAAGAAAAACUCAAAGAAAAAGUUGAUGUAAGUCUGACUGAACGAAUCAAUCUCACGGGAGAAAUGGACACAUUCAGCACUGUCAUCUCCAGCAGUAUUCAGUUGCUGGUUCAGGAUCUAGAUGCAGCCUGCGAUCCUGCCUUGACUGCCAUGAGCAAGAUGCAGUGGCAGAAUGUGGAACAUGUUGGUGACCAGAGCCCCUAUGUCACUUCUGUCAUUCUUCACAUUAAGCAGAAUGUCCCCAUCAUCCGUGACAACCUGGCUUCCACACGGAAAUACUUCACUCAAUUCUGCAUCAAAUUUGCAAACUCCUUCAUUCCUAAAUUCAUCACCCACCUCUUCAAGUGCAAGCCAAUUAGCAUGGUGGGAGCAGAACAGCUGCUGCUGGACACCCACUCCCUGAAGAUGGUCCUGCUCGACCUCCCUUCCAUUGGCUCACAGGUGGUGAGGAAGGCACCUGCCAGUUACACUAAGAUUGUCGUGAAAGGCAUGACCCGAGCUGAGAUGAUCCUCAAGGUAGUGAUGGCCCCCCAUGAGCCAUUGGUGGUGUUUGUGGACAACUACAUCAAACUCCUUACAGACUGUAACACAGAAACCUUCCAGAAGAUACUGGACAUGAAGGGGCUGAAGAGAAGUGAGCAGAGCAACAUGCUGGAACUCCUGCGCCAGAGACUUCCCACCCCACCCUCAGGGGCAGAUGGCUCCAGCUCUCUGUCCCUGAUGGCUCCUACACCAGAGCAGGAAUCAUCUCGCAUCCGCAAACUUGAGAAACUAAUUAAGAAGAGACUUUAGGAGCA